UAACUGUGACAAUUCAAUAAGUUACUUAUUGACAAUUGGUUCAAUCAGGUCGAGAUAGUUCGGUUGUGUUGUGAGCGUUCACAUUAGAAAGUAUUUUCAACUUCAAACGAGUAUUUUAUAAUGGCAAGUGUGGUGUUACCUCAUUUAUUAGACAUUGAACUAAAUUUCUUAGUAUCUUUGAGCUGAAAAGGUUAGUAGUUGUUAUGAAAAAUCAUAGUUGGAAAACUUAAUCAAAAAGUUAAAGUUAGUGUGAAAGUCAAGUCAUCUCGUCGUUGUCGAACUGUGCCGUCAGAAUUUGUCCAAAAAUGGCUUCACAAGCUCCUACUUUUGAGAAAGACAGGAUCCGUGCUUUGAAAAAUGAAAGAAUAUCUUCUCAAAAGAAAACGUUUACUAAAUGGAUGAACUCGUUUUUAAACAAGUCAAAUCUACAUGUGGAUGACUUGUUUGAGGAUCUUGCUGAUGGCAAAAUGCUUAUCAGUCUGCUUGAGAUUAUUUCUGGAGAGAAAAUUGGGGUUGCAGCACGUGGAAAACUACGUGUUCAUAAAAUUCAGAACAUCAAUAGAGCUCUGGAUUUCUUACAAAAAUCUGUUAAAUUAGAAAGUAUUGGUGCAGAAGAUAUCAUUGAUGGCAAUGAACAGCUUAUACUGGGAUUAGUCUGGAUGAUCAUUUUGAGGUUCCAGAUUGCUGACAUAUCAUACGAGGAUGAAAUGUCUAGAGAACGCAAGUCUGCCAAAGAGGCUCUUCUGCUGUGGUGCCAAAGAAUGACAAGAGGAUAUCCAGGAGUUGACAUCAAGAACUUCACCACCAGCUGGCGUAAUGGGUUGGCGUUCAACGCGCUCAUUCACAAACACAGGCCUGAUUUGAUUGACUACGCUUCCCUAAGACCCAGUCAACACGAGGCAAACCUGACCAACGCCUUCAAAGUGGCCGAGGAGAGGCUGGGUAUCACCAGACUAUUGGAUGUCGAGGAUGUGGACUGCGCUCGUCCAGAUGAUCGCUCUGUCAUGACGUAUGUGUCUGCUUACUAUCAGUUCUUUGCCAAGAUGAAGUCAGAGGAAACAGGCGGCAGACGCGUUGCCAAGAUAAUCAGUGUGCUGAUGGAGAUCGAGGAGAUGGAAAGUACAUAUGAAUCCAUGGUGUCAGAUCUCUUGUCCUGGAUUAACAACAAAAUCAAAGACAUGGCAAAACCAUUCCACAAAUCUCUGGCAGCCGUGAAGAAAGAAAUGAUAGCAUUCAAGCUCUUCAGGACCAUCGAGAAACCUCCUAAAUACGCCGAAAGAGUCAACAUAGAAGCUCACCUGUUUAGUCUUCAAACCAAACGCACAGCUAACAAUCAGAAGCCCUACAUACCCCCUGAGGGGUCGUUUGUCAAGGACGUUAAUAUGGCGUGGCAAGAGAUGGAGAGCGCGGAACACGAUCGAGCACUUGCUCUAAGAAACGAACUCAUUCGACAAGAAAUGCUGGAGAAAAUGGCUGACAAGUUUGAAAGAAAGGCCGCGUUACGCGAAUCAUGGCUGGAUGACAUGAUGCAUGUUUUAGAAGAAGAACGACUCGCUCAAGAUGCAGCCACAGUAGAAGCAGCACUAAAGAGACACGAAGCCAUUAGCACGGACGUCAAAGCCAGGGAGGAACGAUUUCAAAUGGUGUUUGAUCUCGCGCAAGAACUCAUCGAUGAAGAUUAUCACCGAGCAGAUGCUGUUAGGAAAAGAGAAGAGGUGAUUAUGACUAAGUGGGACAAACUGGUCAACAAGCUGCAAGGACGUUGUACUACGUUGAUGGGAUUAAGGGAUCUAGUGGGUGUGUUCAGGGACAUGGACAGCGCUCACUCGGACAUGAUGGAUAUCGAGACCGGUCUUCGUUCUGAGGACUACGGCCGCCAUCUUCUUGACGUUGAGAACAUCCUCCAAAAGCACAGCCUCCUGGAAUCCCAAAUUCAAGCACAAGGCGAGAGAAUUCAGAAGAUUAAUGUGCAUGCGCUCGCGUUUGUGAACGCUGAUCAUCCUGAGACUAAAGUGAUCAAGGAAAGACAAAAACUCAUUACUCAAGCUUAUCAGGCAUUAGUCCAACUAGGAAAAGAACGAAGAGCUAGGCUGGAAGAUUCACUCAAGCUCUACAAAUUCUUUGGAGACUUGGAGGAAGAAGAUAUAUUUAUCAAAGAAACCGAACAAUUAGCAUCUUCUAAAGAAGUCGGGAAAGACCUCGCCAGUUUAACUAGGUUUCAGCAAAGACACGAGGCCCUUGAUGCGGAGAUCAGUGGACGUUUAGCGCAUUGCGAGCAGGUUUGUGCCCGAGGUCAGUCAUUGAUCGAUAAAGAACACUUCGCUUCCAAGGAGAUCAAGGCAAAGAUUAAACAAGUUCAGGGGAACUGGAUACGUGUGAAAGAGUUGUCUCAAAAUAGAAGAGAACGAUUGAAAGAUGCAGCUCAAUCCCUUCAGUACUAUUCAGAUGCAAACGAUGCGGAAUCUUGGAUGAAAGAGAAGCUAUCAGUAGUAAAAAGUGACGAUUACGGUCGCGAUGAACAGAGCGCAACGUCUCUUCUUCAACGUCACCGUCAAGUACAAGAAGAAAUCAGCUCGUUUGCAGACGAUAUUUCAAGACUUAAAGAACAAAGCAAAUUGAUGGGUGAAUCUAGCAAGGAAGCUACUGCUCAAUCCCAGCCAACAUACGAGUCAUACACAGAGGAAAUGGAAGUAGAGACAGACGAAGAGGUGGAAGAGACGAUCGAAAAAGAAAUCUUACAGGAUGUGGUACGGGAAGUGAAGGUCCCACAGGUGAUAGUGUUGUACCCUUAUGCAGGUGGUCAAGGUCUCGCUGUCGAAAAAGGGGAGGCCCUAUAUUUGAUUAACAAGACAAAUAAGGACUGGUGGAGUGUAAGACGCACAAAAACCAAAGAAGCUGGUUAUGUUCCCGCCAAAUACGUUAAGGAAAUCGAGCCUCGUGUUGUCCAGAAAACAACCAAACAAAAAGUAAUGGUACCACAAACUGUUAAAGUGAAAAGAAAAGUCAAGAAGAUGGUAUCUGUGGAAAGACAAAGACCUGUUCCCGCCAAUACUGCCGCUUCACCUCGGUCACCAAGAAGAGGCAAGCUAAAGCGAGGUCUCAAGCGUCAUUUUACAGCUCAUUUUGAUCGCGAUAACGUAGCUGUACGGCAGAUAACACUUACUAACACCUACAACAGACUUCUUGAAGUAUCCAAGAUUCGGGAACAGAAUUUAGAGAACGCCAUCAAAUUUUACCACUUUAGUCGUGAAUGUGAUGACAUGGACGUGUGGAUGACUAACAAGGAAAAGCAGUUGAACUCCAAAGACUCUCUCCAAGCUGGUGAUAUCAUCCAAACUAUUCGCAAGAACCUAGAGCGCUUUCAGACCGAAGUUUCGGCUAAAAACAGCUCCAUGUCAGAAAUCAACCGCCUGGCAGAUGAACUGAUCAAUAAUGGACACUAUGAUGUUGUGAAUGUGAAAAGAAGAAGAAAGGAACUGAAUGAAAGAUGGGGAAGAUUACAGCAGUUAAAUCAACAAAAAGAAGAGGAACUCGAGGAAAAACACGGCGUGGAAUUAUUUUUCAAUUCUUGCGAGGAAAUGCGGUCAUGGAUUAAAGAGAAAGAUGGAAUGCUAUAUGAUGAAGAUGUUGGUAGGGAUAUUGAGACGGUGCGCGCGUUGCAAAGGAGACAUCAGGGCGUCGAGAGAGACCUUGCAGCCGUAGAGGACAAAGUAACAAAACUAAAAGCACAAGCGCAAUCGCUGGUUUCCCAACAUCCUCGUCAAGGUCGUCAAAUAAAAGCGAGAGAAGAAGAGAUUAUUCGACUAUGGAACGGACUGAAGACGAAAGCAGCUCAAAGAAAAGCUGUGUUGGAUGAUGCGUAUGGGCAACAAGGAUUCUUGGCCGACACAAGAGAUCUGUUGUCCUGGGCAAAUGAAGUCACACAGUCACUCAAUUCAGCAGAGGAUCCGCAUGACAUCAGCAGCGCUGAAGCAAUGACACAAAAACACAAUGAAAUGCUUGAAGACAUCCAAACGCAUUUAGACAGGUUUGACCGUCUAAAUGAUUACUCCCAGAAACUCCUAUCUGCAAAUCCACGGGCUGUGAAAGUCAAACAGAAUGUAGCAUCUUUGAACGAAGCAAAGGACAAGCUCAGCAGGUGUUGGGCCGAACGAAAUGAUCGCUUACAACAGGCACAAGAUUUACAGGUUUUUAUUCGUGACGCUGAACACUUGGAUGCCGCUACUGCAUCCCAUGAAGCAUACUUUGCUAACAAAGACCUUGGGGCAACCGUUGAUGACGUCGAAAGAUUGUUAAAGAAACAUGAAGACAUGGAUAAAACGUUACUCGCUCAGGACGAAAGAGUGCGUGACUUGUCUGACAUGGCCACCUCUUUGAUCAGAGCUCAACACUUUGAAAAGAACUGGAUUUCAAAGCGUAGAGACGAAGUGGUACAAAGAAGGAAGGCCGUCAAACAUCACGCAGGACAACGACGAGAAUCUUUGAUCCAGUCUCAGUUACUACAGAAUUUUCUAAGGGAUGCUGACGAGUUUGGGGCUUGGAUCUUCGAAAAGUCACAGAUCGCGACUGAUGAGUCUUAUCGAGAUCCUAAAAACAUCCAGGGAAAACUACAACGACACGAGGCAUUCGAGGCUGAAAUUACAGCAAACAAAGAUGGUAUCGACCGCAUCAAUACGGUUGGUAAAAAUCUCAUCCACAAGAAGCACUUUGGUUCUAAAGAAGUUCAAAUGAGGCUCAAAACGCUGAACCAAGACUGGCAAGAGCUACUCGCCAGCUCCUCCAGCAAGGGCUGCAAGCUUCACCAAGCACAUUCACAAAUGCAGUUCAACAGAUCUCUGGGCGACUUUAUUGAAUGGAUGCAUGAUGUCGAGGCCUUACUGGGAUCUGAGGACCUGGGACGAGACUUAUCAAGUGUCAAGUUUUUACUGAAAAAGCAUCAGUUAGUCGAGGCAGACAUUGAGGUCCACGUGACUGAGGCCCAGGCUCUUAGCAGACAAGCACAGGAGUUAAUAGAUGAUAACCACUUUAAUGCGAAAGACAUUCAACGUACUAUGAAAGACAGUCUUAAAAGAUUCAAAGAUUUAAAAAGUCUUUCAUCCAGUCGUCGAGCGCAACUCGAGGAUUCCUUCGGGUUGAACCAGCUUUUCUACGACAUUGAAAUGGAGAUGGCCUGGGUACGAGAACAUGAGCAGCUUGCUACUUCCGGGGAUCUGGGAUCUAAUUUAGUGUCUGUCCAACGGCUUCAAAAACGACACCUAGCAUUUGAGAACGAGUUGACCAAUCAUGAGCCGAAAAUAAAAUCGGCGUUAACACGUGGUCAGGAUUUGAUUGACAGCUGUCAUCAUGCGUCAGAUAAAGUGGAGGAACGCAUUGAUGAGUUAAGGACGGCUUGGGGAGAGCUGUUGGAGGCUACAGCUCACCGGAAGUUGAAACUUGACGAGUCACAUGAAUCACAGAAAUAUUUCGCCGAGGCAAAUGAAGCUGAUUCAUGGAUGAACGACAAAGCAGGUCUAGCAGCAAGCCAGGACUACGGCAAAGAUGACGCAGCUACUGAGAAGCUCUUGACAAGACACAAAGCUCUGGAGACCGAUGUCGAGUCAAUCAGCACCGUCAUCACAAAUCUGGGGAAGGACGCGAGGAGACUGGUGGAGAGUGGCCAUUUUGAUGCGAAUAAAGUGAAAUURAUGCAGAGGGACCUCGAAGAGCAGUUAUCAGGUCUGAGGACUUUAGUAAGCUCACGGCGCUUGAGACUUGACGAAUCCAAGAAGCUACACCACUACAUGCGUGAAGUGGACGAAACCGCUGAAUGGAUAAACGACCAACUGCAUAUCGCGGGCUCUGAAGACUAUGGCAAAGAUUUUGAACAUCUAGAGACUGUUCAAAAUAAAUUUGAUGACUUCCAAGGAAGCGUUGGUGCAAACACUAAAACAUAUCGGGCUGUAGAUAACCUGGCCAAGAAACUUGUAGCCGAGGGACACACAGACACUGUAGCUAUUAAAGAACAGCAAGAUAUAUUGAGAUCAAUGUGGGCUCAACUUCAAGACCAGAUCGAGUUACGAAAGAAACGCUUAAAAAGCGCAGCUGAAAUCCACCGUUUUAACCGAGACUUGAACGAACUGAUCAGUCGAAUACAGGAGAAGGAUGCCAACCUCACCCUUGAUGACCUGGGGCGAGACCUUGCUAGUGCCCAGGCUCUACAGCGCAAGCACGAUGUUUUUGAGCGUGAGUUGGUGGCUGUAGAACAACAAGUCAAGACUUUGAUAACUGAAUCAAGACGACUUCAAAACACAUAUAAAGGUCAAACAGCUCAAACAAUUCAAAACCACGAGCAGUCUUUACUUGGUUUGUGGGAAGAACUGAAACGAAAAUCCUCCAGAAAGAAACACAAACUGCGGGACAACAUUGCGUUACACAAGCUCAACAACUCUAUUCGCGAUCAGGUCACGUGGUGUAUUGAUAUGGGACGCGUCAUCUCUUCCGAUGAACCAAUCCACAACCUGUCCGAUGCCGAGGCUAUGCUACGUCGGCUGGAAGAGCAACACGUGGUUAUGGAGUCACGUGAAGAAACUUUUACUCGGUUGUUGGAGACUGGGGAGAAGAUGAUCGAAGAUGGUCACUUUGCUAGCGAAGAGUUGACAGAGAGGUUGGAGCUGCUUCUGACUGAACGAGAGAGUUUAUACGCCACUUGGGACGACAGGAAAACAGAAGUAGACCAGGCCUGUGAUCUACAUGUAUUCCUAAGGGAUGCCAGACAAGUUGACUCGCUUUACAGUUCGCAAGAGGCUGUUCUUGCAAAAGCUGAGCUCGGCAACAGCGUUGAUGAAGUAGAUUUUCUCCUCAAGAAGCAUGAAAACGUAGAAAAGCUGGUCCUCUCGCAGGACGAAAAGGUCAAUGCUCUCAAUACCUUCGGCAAACAACUACUCGAAAGUAAACAUAAGGAUUCCAGUAUGAUAAGUCAACGACUCACUGUCAUCAAUGAAAGAAGAAACAAGCUGAAAAAGGACCUACGAGAAAGAAGAGUAAAGCUAGAAGACUCGAGGAAGAUUUCUCAGUUCUAUCAAGAUGUAAUUGAGGCGGAAUCUUGGAUAGUUGAAAAACUUCAAACAGCCUUAGAUGAAUGUUAUAAAGAUCCGUCAAACCUUGUAAGUAAAGUCCAAAAGCAUCAGGCUUUCGAAGCAGAGCUGACUGCACAUAGGGGUGUUAUCGAUGCUGUACAGAGGAAUGGUGAAGAGUUGAUAUCAUCCGGGCAUUUUGCUGCCAAUGAAGUGGAGUCCCGGAUUGAGUCUUUAUAUAUUCAGUGGGAAGAACUACUUGAGGCGUCUGAGAACAAGGCGAAAAAGCUGGAAGAAGCUAGGGACCACAAGAUGUUUAAUCAAGAGGUGGACAUCGCGGACUCGUGCAUCGCAGAUAAGGAAGCCAUUGUCUCAUCAGAAGACAUAGGCAGAGACUACGACCACUGCAUUCGCUUGCAGAAAAAGAUGAAUGAGUUUGACCAAGACCUUGCAGUAGAAGAAGACCGAGUUUACACCAUCAAUCACUUAGCAGAUAAGCUAAUAAACCAGGGCCAUGCUGGAGGUGAUCUAAUUUACCGCAGACAACAAGCGCUUAACGAGCGAUGGAAUGCACUUCAAGACAAAGCGAGCGAGAGGAGACAGAGACUGGCGGAAGCUUGUGAGAUCCAUGCAUUUGAUCAAAGCUGUGUUGAAAUAGCUAAUAUGAUCAAUGAGAAGGUCGCAAUACUGUCAACUAAUGAUUUGGGUCGUGAUCUACCUGGCGUCGAGGCUCUCAUUCGUAAACAUGAUGACGUAGAAAGAGCUCUGACAGUCAUUGAGAACAAAAUGGAGAUGCUUGAGAACGAGGCUCAUCGAUUAGUUCGUUCCCAGCCUCACAUGGCUCGCACCGUCCAAAAUAAACAGACUGAAAUCAUAGAGAACUGGGAACGACUGAAUGACAAAUUUGAUGAGAGGAAAAGCCAACUCGAAGCCAAUCGAUUGCGUCAAAUUUUCCUUGUCGAUUAUCGUGACGUCAUGUCUUGGAUGAGCGACCUCGCCUCCAAGAUCUCAUCCGGGGAAUUGGCCAAGAGCGUGCAAGAUGCGCAGGCCUUGUUGGAUUUGCACAAGGAAAGAAAAAGCGAAAUAGAGGCUCGACAGGAGACAAUAAACGCAACGCUUGCAUUUGGAUUAACUCUGAUCGCUCAGAACAACUUCGCUGAAGAGGUACAGGAAGACAAUGAGAACCUGAAAGAAAUGAACUCAAAGCUGCAGGAACUGUGGGUGGACAGACAACAGAUGCUGCAGCAGUCUUAUGAGUUAGAGGUUUUCCUUGCUAGUGCAGAGCAAGCUGAUAACUGGAUAACAAACAAACAAGCUGUAGCGAUAGACAACRAAUCAAAAGACAGCCUCGACACUGUAGAAUCUCUGCUAAAAAACCAAGUCAAUUUUGAGAAAUCAAUUGCUGCUUAUGAGGAAAGCAUCAAAUCCCUUGAAACCUCAGCCCAGCUGUUGAUAAAUAAGGCGCAUUAUGACUCUGACAUUAUUACAAGUCGAAGAGAUGAAGUUCUGGACAAGUGGGCCAAGCUGAAACGAAUGGUGGCAGAGAAGAGCGAACAACUGGGAGAAUCUAAGUUACUUUUCCAGUUCCUAAGAGAUGCGAAAGAGCUUGAGUCGUGGAUCAAUGAAAAACUCCAAACAGCAGCUGAAGCUUCUUACAGAGAAGCAAAACACCUGAACCUGAAGCUUCAAAAACACCAGACGUUCGAAGCAGAAGUGAGUGCCAACAGAGGACAACUAGAAAGUGUGAUAAAAGAUGGCAACUGUCUUAUUAAUACCUCUCCAACCCACUGUGAAACUGUAGAGAAGAGACUCAAAGACCUCAGUGAUCUUUGGACUUUACUGGAAGAUCUCUCGGCUAACAAAGCAAAAAGACUAAAAGAAGCGAUCCAAAAACAGACGUUUGAAAGAAAUGUCACCGAGUUGGAAACAUGGAUAGAUGAGAUAGAGUAUGCUUUGGCAAUCAAGGAGUACGGUAAAGACCUGAAAAGUGUCAAGAAUUUGAUCAAGAAGCAUGGCAUGUUAGAGGAAGGCAUCGUGAAUCACGAGGAUCGCGUGCGUGAGUUGCUGCAGCAGGCAGAGGAAUUCGAGGAAGCGGGACACUUUCAGAAGGAAGAGAUUGGCGAACGAGCAGCUGAUGUUGCUGAAAGAUUUGAUCAACUUUCCUCACCGGCUGCAGAACGAAAAGAAAAGCUUCAAGACAGCCUGGUUCUACACCAGUUCCUGAAUGACGCCCAGGCAGAGACUGAUUGGCUCCGGGAAAAAGAAUCGUUAGUGUCUUCAGAAGAUUAUGGACACAAUCUAAACGGAGUCCAAAACCUUCUAAAGAAACACGAGGCGUUUGAAGCCGAAUUCACGACCCACGAACAACUGGUCCAGGCUGUCAUGGCAACGGCCAAUGAUGUCAUCACGCGUGGGCAUUACGCCAGUGGUGUGAUCAUGGAACAUUCCAGUAAACUACAAACGUCAUGGAAUGAAUUUCAUCGUCUGACGCAAAUUAGGAAARCAAAACUGAAAGAGUCACUCGCCACACAGCAGUAUUAUUCUCAAGUGUCAGAAGUAGAAGCCUGGGUCCAAGAGAAACUCCCCUUUGUCUCCAACGAAGAUUACGGACGCGACGAGACUAGUGCCCAGGCUCUCUUACGUAGACACGAAAUGCUGGAGCUUGAAUUCGAAAGAUUUGGAAAAAAGAUUGACGAGCUGAGAAGUCUCUGUAAUACUCUGGUCCUGGGGGAAAACUUUGAUGCAGAGAACGUUAAACAACGACAGAGAGAACUAGAAGACAGAUAUUCUGAACUCAGCGACAUAUCUUCUUAUCGACAUCGGCGUCUGUUGGAAUCUUCUCGUCUUCUCAACUUCUUACGGGAGGUAGAUGAAGUGGAAGCCUGGAUCGAGGAAAAAGAAACCAUAGUGACGUCAGACGAUUGUGGGCGUGACCUCGAACACGUGGAUAUGUUGAUGGAGAAAUUCGAAGCAUUUACACGUGACCUUGUCAUGUCCGGUGAGAGAGUUGCCAAGCUUACGGCGCAUGCGCAGGAGUUGUUGAAUGAUGAACACAGUGAUAGUGAGACGAUCGAACAGCGUGCGGAACAGAUUUGUACCAGAUGGGACGUCCUAAAGGAACGAACGAAUGAGCGCCUUGAUGCUUUAGAUCGAGCUAAGGACUUGCACACCUUCAACCGUAACGUAGAGGAGACAAAUGCGUGGAUUCAGGAGAAGGAAGCAACGCUGAUGCAUACUGAUGAUGGCGCACUUGACUUGAGCAGCGUGCAGGCUUUGCAAAGGAAACACGAGGGCUUUCAACGCGAUUUGACAGCACUUGGUGAAAAAGUGAGCAGCCUGAGUCAAGAUGCAGACAUGCUGAUCGACAAGCUGCCACAGAACAGAAACCAUUUUGCCGAACAAAAACAAAUGAUUAUCGAGGCAUGGCAAAAACUGCAGCAACGAGCGACCAGUAAGAAAUCAGUGUUGAGCCAAUCAGAGGGACUGCAGUCGUUCCUCAACGAUUACAGAGACUUAAUGGCUUGGAUCGACACCAUGGCUUCUUCCAUAGCAUCAAGAGAAGUCGCAGCCGACUUUGCUUCUGCAGAAAAACUCUUUGCCCAACACCAGGAAUAUCGAACAGAAGUUGCUGCUCACGAAAAGAGUGUACAAGAAUUCCAGGAAGCGGCUCAAAAGUUGAUUAAAUCUGGUCACCCAAAUAGUACAGACAUCAAGGAAAAGAGCCAAAGUGUCAAGGAUGCGUGGUCUAGGCUGUUGGAAAGCGUUGACAAUAAACAAGACCAUCUGGAACAAGUUAGAGAGGUACAAAGAUUUAAAAGAGAGGCAGACCAGUUAGAGGGCUGGCUGUAUGCACGUGGUUCUGAUAUUUUAUCAGAAGAUGUAGGAGAUUCUCUAGAGGCGGUGGAAGAGCUACUGAAGAAACAAGAUGAAUUUGAAAAGAUGUUGUUAGCCAAGGGCGAGCAUUUUGAGGAUCUGACGAGGCUUACAAAUCAGGAGAUGGAAAAUGAAAAGCUUAAGAUAAAAAAAGAAAGAGAAAUGGAAAAGCAAAAAGAGAUGGAAAGACAGAUGAAAAAGAAACAGGAGAAAGAACGGCUGGAGAAAGAACGACGAAGAGCCCUACGAGAAGAAGAAGAGAGGAAGCGAAAAGAAUUUUUAGAAGAGCAACAACAAGAGGAGAAAAGACGUCAAGAACAACAAAAACGGGACGAAGAAAUAAAACAGAAACAAUUGGAURUGCAAAUUAAACAAGAGGAAUUGAAGAGAAAAGAAAGGGAAAAAAACAGAAUCGACAGGGAAAAGAAGAAAAUAUUGGAAGAAAAACGUAAAGAAGAUGAGAAAAGGAAAAUGCUGGAAGAAGAACAGCGCAUUGAAGAAGCGAAAAUUCAACAAGAGCAGCUUUCCAUGCAAUCUUCUUCGCCGGCACAACAAGAUGCCCAUAACAUUUGUGAAGGAUUCCUUCAAAGAAAACACGAGUUAGAUCAACGAGGACAAAGACCUGGGAUUCGAGGCUGGAAAACCUUUUAUACAACUUUAGCAGAUGGGAAACUCGAGUUUUUUAGUGAUAAAAGUGGAGCAUCAAGGCAAGAAACUCAUGCGUCGCAUGCUAUUAACCUAAAAGGUGCUUCUUGUACUGCAUUUGACGAAGCCAUGUCGGGAAAUAAUGCUUUUCGUUUACAGCUUGAAAAUGAUUCCGUUUUCUUGUUCAAUUCUAAAAGCGAAAAGGAUUCUUUUCAAUGGAUUAGCGAGAUAAACAAAUGUAUUGAGAAACAUUCACAGGUUUCGCGACCAAGUCUGCAAUCUCCGAGACCACCAAAUUUACUUCCGACGACAAAUGAUUUCCCAGUAAAGAAUGAGAAAAUCGCUCGCCCUCAGACUCCAGUGAUCAAGGUUACGAGUUUCGAUAGUGAUGAAGCAAUUGAGAAUGAUGACAAUGUUAAUAUAUAUGUUGACAAUGUUAAUAUAUAUGAUAAUGGUGAAGAAAAUGAUGAUGACGAUGAUAUUAUUGAUGGUGGUGACCUGUUAGAAUCAUUCACGGCACUACCUCCUGACGUACCACCUCCAGUGGUUCCAGAAGACAUUGAUAUCAACUUUGAACCAGACACUUCAGACUCUACACACAAAAACCACGAUAAAACCAACCGCGACACUUAUCCCGAAGAUAUCGCCGACGAAUACACGGAUAUAUUAUCCGAAGAGGACAUACAUCCGGAGUUUUACCCCGAUGCCCCUACAGAUUUCAACGAUAAUAUGAUCCCAGACAUUCCAUGCAUUCCGCCUCCCGACGUGCCGCCAUUCGACCUCGGAGACCUCGAGGAGGGGGCAGUAGAUGAAGACGACUUGAUUGAUUACCCCAAAGCCCCUCCACCCCCUGGUACUUUCCCUAAAGAGCCUGCGCCAAGCUUAGGGCUCGAAGAAGCAGCUUACUUGUCUAGUGGUAGCGAAGGACUUCCUUCCACACCUACACCUCUGGUACCAACAAAACCAGAUGCUUGUAAGCAGCCUUCUAGACCUUCAAGAAAAAAACGUGCACCUCCACCUCCAAGGGAAGCACGAUAUCGUUCCGAUAGCCGAGAUUCAGACGACUUUUCGCCGAACGUUCUCCCGCCAAAACCGCCUGUUAAACCCAAACCCAAACCUAUGGACAGCCACGAUGAUAAAAAACACGAGAAAAAGAAAGGAAUGUUUGGGUUUUUGAAAAAGAAAAAGUAAUCCUAAUUCAUCGCUGUAUUUAUGAUUAAGGAAGGUACGGUUUUUAUUGGGGGGAUGGCUGGUGCACCAGUAAAAUUUUUGUGGAGGGUAAACCUUUUUAUUUUGACAAAAGCUGUUCCCUUGUUGACUCAAUACAAGGGUCAUAAUUAUUUAAUGAGUAAAAAUGGGGAAGGCUAUACCAGCUAUAAAGAUCUGGCAAUUGCCCACCUCCCCCACUCCCUUCCUCCUCCCACCCGGCCCCGCUCAAUAAAACACUUAUCAUCCCAUAGUAAACAAAAUGUUAUCCUUUUAAUAUGCAUGAUCUGCUUAAUUUUGUACGUAGAUCAAAUAUUUUUACAUAUAUAUUUUAUUAUACAAAAGUUCAUUUAUUUAAAACUAGACUAGGAAUCAUGGGUCAUAGUGUAUUUUUAAUAAAAAUUGAUGGAUAACCGAAGAUA